AUGAGGAGCUUCGUCUUGAGCACAGCUUUAUUUCUCUCCAGCCUCAGCUGGAUCUCUGCUUCAGGUUCUGAGUUUCAGACUGUGGAGGUCCAACUUGGUGAAGAAGUCACGUUGAAGUGCUCCAACAUUUCGAGUCAUCCAACACAGACAGACUGGCUUAAAAUUAUCAACAGGACUAAGCCCAGCUGUAUUGCUGCUAUGUAUGGAUCUCAGGGCAAAGCUUCAUUCUGUGAUGGAUUUCGAAAUGGAAAAUUCAAUAUGAGUUCCAACAACACCUCUGUGUUUCUUAAAAUCACACAAGUGGAUUUAUCUGAUGUUGGGCUGUAUUUCUGUGGAUUUUACGUGAAUAAGCAUACGGUCAUUUCCAAUGCAGUCGAGUUAAGAAUUCAAGGCGGUGAAACCAAUGAAGAAGAGGAUUUUAAGACUGAAAGUAAAAUUAUAGAGUCUGAGAGAAUCACAGACCUGAUAAGCAUCAUCCUGGGUAGUCUGGCUGGUUUACUCACUAUAGUGAUCAUUAUUCUGGUUUUAAAAAUCUGGAAACUUCAAAAAGUGAAGCAGUGGGCAGCCACCAAGCAGGCGCCCGGGGAGCAGUGUGUAGGGACGAAUGUGAGCUCAGACGAUCUGAACUACGCAGCUCUGAACUUCCAGAAAAAAGUCCAAAGAAGCCGGAGGCCUGUGACACAGAGAGAGCCGGAGCCACAUGUUGUGUACGCUGCCACCAGAUAG